AUGCUGUCAUCUACUAGGCGGCUCUUUCCUGCUGCCCGCCACUUGCGGUCGUUAACGACGGCUGCUGCACCUUCCCCGGAUCUAUCGGAGGGAGAACAGAAUAUCUACUCCAAGUUGACGGAGAAGUUUUCGCCAUCCCAAUUGCAAGUUCAGGAUGUAUCCGGUGGUUGCGGGACCUUUUAUGCCAUUACUAUCGCCUCUCAGUCUUUCAAAGGAUUGCCUAUUGUGAAGCAGCAUAGACUCGUGACGGAGACGCUGAAGCAAGAGAUAGAAGGCAUUCAUGGUCUGCAGGUACGCUUGGCUUUGUUUUUCAUGUCUCCAUUCUGUUGA